UCGUUGAUGUCAGUAAGGAUCCACCGAAGUCGCUCAGUGGUACCGCACGUCAAGCAUCAUCCUCGUCGUCUGCGGCGCCAAAGCCUCACAAAACUACAAAACAAUUGUCGUUUGUCGCUACAUACCAACAACAAAAAUGCAACCUGUGCGAUGAAGCUAUAAGUCACAACGCGUUCAACUGCACGGCCUUCAUGAAACUUACGUCUAGUUCGCGGUAUGACGUAGCAAAGAAAAAAUGCUUUAUUUGAAUUUUUUGGGCUUAAAUCACACAUCAAAAGAGUGCCUAUCAUCGCGCAGGUGUCAAGUUUGUCAUGUGAGCCAUCACACGCUGCUCCAUCGAAGUCACCCAACAACACCAUCGUCGCCACAAUCUUCAGCUCAAGUUCAACCGCCGUCAUCGUCUUUACAAUCAUCAACCGCCUUGCAAUCGUCAUCGAAACCAACCGUACUUCAGAAAACCAAACUUGGUUGGGUUGUAGCGGGAACCGUUACUAAUCACUCACACCUAUCUUCGGCUGCGUUAGUUUCUUCAUAUACCACGUCGGUUAGCACCGAUUGCCUCUUAUCCACCACCAAGAUGUCGCAAUUGACGUUUAACUCAUCACAACAGAAAACCGAAUCCCCAUCUCUAGAGCCAUCUUGUGAUGAUAUUUUAUAGCGGUUUUGGCAAUUUUAGCAACAUUCACAACCACAUAAGAGGCUUACUUCGGGCGAUUUGGAGUGCGAAAACUACUUCCGUGAUACAACAAAAAUAUGUCCCACCACAGGUAAAUUCAU